ACAGCCAAUCAGGGCAGUUCUCCAAGAGACUAAAGGAAACCUUCCCACAAGCCACCACGAAACAAAAUGUCGCUGUGAAGUGCGGAAAAAGUAACUGUUUUCGCAGUUUCCAUCAAUUUUUCUGCUAGACAGUGAUACUGGUAAAAUUUUUGAACGUACGCCUGUUCUACACUUCCUUAGAUUUGUUCGUGAAACUUACAGGACACAUUUUACGAACAUUUGCCAAAUUUAACCAUGGCAUUUCGUCCUGGGGAACAAGCUGGCAGAGCUACCAGCAGGGGCCGCCCAGCCAGCAGGGGAGCCCAGCGGAGCGAGCCCAGGCCAAGGCCAUCACCAUCAGCGAGCAGGAGCGCCUGAUUGAGCAGAAGAAGAAGGAGAUCCAACAGAAGAUGGCCGAGAAGAAGAGGAAAGAGGAGGCGGCCAAGGGCGGGGCCAAGAAGGCACCGACGGGUGGUAUUAAAUUUAACAUUGGGCGAGCUGCACCACCACCUGCGGCAACUGUGUCAACAGCAUCACCAGCUGCUGCGCCAACACCAGCAGUCAUAGCUGCAGCGCCAGUUCCUGCAGGAUCUGUGCCCGCAGCUGCCAAGUCAUUGGGAAACGUGUUCUCCAACGACGGCAGUUUCUUGGAACAGUUCCGCAAAAUGCAACAGCAGAAGUCAGGGAAGAGUGAAGACACCAAACCAUCCCCUCCCAAGCCAGACCUGAGUGACAUCCCCCUGCCAGACUCCCCAAGAUCUGCCCCUCAGCCUGUGGCCCCCUCUGUCGCCCCUGCCCCCGCCCCAGUACAGCCCAUAGCUUUCAACACAGCGCCCUCCCACGCCAGAAAGUCAGCCCUGCCGGUGCCCAAGCCCAGCGCCUUCCGAGACUCGGACGAUGAGGACGAUAACGUUCUCGCAGCAAUCUUACCGCCAGACGAUCCUGAACUGCUGGCCACAAUCCACAGACUGGCCCAGGAGGUCGCAGAGGGAGGGCUGAUGGUCGAAGAGACAGCCAAGAAGGAGCACAGGGAUGAAGAACUGUACAGGUUUCUCUUUGACCACGAUUGUCCAGAACACAAGUUUUACCAGAAGCGACUUGUGGAAAUGCGACUCGCCAAGAAAGUGCGUAUCGUCAAGGAGACCAGACAAGCAGCUGGGACUACGAAUGAAGGAAGCCGCAAACGUAAGAGUCGCUGGAUGGAUGGGGGCCCGGGGGAGGGCGGAGCCGUCCCGCCCCCAAAGAUCACCAUCAUCGCUCCCGGUUCAGUGGGAGGGGCUGCCGUAAAGCUGCCGGGAGUAGGAGGGGUCGGGGGGACGGGGGCCGGGCUCGAGGGAGUAGAGGAAAAUGAUUGGGGGUUUGGGUCAGGGGGUGGGGUCUCGACGUCCAGCCUGGGCAGCGACGUGAAUCGCGCCGGGAUGAUUGGCACCACGGAGCUGAGCGCGGCACAGCUGAAGCAGCUGAAAGAACAGCAGGAGAUGCAACGCAUGGUGGACUCCAUGGUGAAAUACCACAACAAGAUAGCGUCCGCCGGCCGCAGCGCUGAGGACCAGCAGCAAGACCCCAAGAAGAAGAAGAAGAGGUACGAAUACGACAGCGACGAAGACACGGAGGGCGGGACCUGGGAACACAAGCAGCGAACGAGUGAGAUGCAAGAAACUAAAGAGAGAGCCGAGAUCUUGACCCAGAUGGGCAGGGGCAAGCAUCACCUGGGCGACUUCCUGCCGCCGGAUGAGCUGGAGAAAUUCUUGGAGACACUAGAAGCCCUGAAAGAAGGCAGGACGCCAGACUUCUCCGACUACCAGAAGUUCAAGAUUCAAGCCGACAACAUCGGUUACCAGAUGCUGAAGAAGCUAGGCUGGGAGGAAGGCAAAGGUCUUGGCUCGGAGGGUCAGGGCAUCACUACGCCAGUCAACAAGGGCAGCGCGUCCACAGCGACCACCGGCCUGGGCAUCGACAAGGCCAGCAACUUGACCAAAGAGGACGCGGAAGACGAGUUCUCUGCUUACCGGAAGCGGAUGAUGCUGGCUUACCGAUUCAGACCAAACCCCCUGAACAAUCCAAGGAGACCAUACUACUGAAUAAUUGAAGAUGGAGGAAGUGCCAGGCCCAACUCAAUAUUUAAGGAGUGGAUUUUUUUCCUCCAAACAUCCAGCAGUUUUUAGUGAUCUACACUACCUUGGCCUAACUCACAAUACUUAGAACACGUUUAGUUUUAACUACAGUGGUGUACUUAAAAGGUAAUAUACAACAUCUGCAAACAUCAAAAAACAAAGCUACCAAAUUAUUUUGAAAUACCUUACUUGACUGUAAGUGAAUUACAGUCUCAAGCAUCCUGUGAAAUUAUGGCACCUGGUGUGCUGUCAUUUUCAAGACAAGUGGAAUUUUUGUAUCAAUUUCCAACAAAAGUGGGCCGACCAUCGUUGGUAAAAACUGACUUUUUGCAAAUACUGGCCCCAAUUUACCAUAUUUACUGAGUCCACAUUUUGCUUGCAAGUGGUUACACAUCCGUGAACAAGUGCAAAUCAGGUAGUCUGGUUCCCUGACCUGACAAUUCCCUGACAACUAUAAAGUGCUCCAUUUCGUCUAAACUAGGGUCAGGGAAAAAACUACAAGAAAGGCAUUUAUUUCAUGGUUUUUCCAGCAUCUGUGAACACAAAACUUGAAAUUAGGUCAUGGUAACAAUAUUUUGCCAUAAAUUACUAACUCCCAAAUCCAUCCAUUUCUGAAAAUUACAGCAAAAGCAAAUAUUGUACAUUGCCUUUAAUGUGGCUUUAGGAUAUUAUAAACAAUAGCUGCCACAGUACUGCCACCAUAACCGAGGUGUCUCAUAUUUCUACAGUGAUCGUGUGCCUGGAUUUGCAUACAUAAAGACUUCACGGAAAGAAAAGCGAAUGAAAUAAAGUGAAUGAAAUAUGUACAUGUACUUCA